AUGGCUUCUGGGCCUCCCUUGGCUGCCCAGCCCACGGCCCCCGGGGGUACCCUCUCUGCCCCCAAUGCCACCACACCCUGGCUGGGCCGGGAUGAGGAGCUUGCCAAGGUGGAGGUCAGAGUCCUGACCACGGUCCUAGUGCUGGCCACGGGGGGCAACCUGACGGUGCUGCUGAUGCUGGGUCGACGUGGCCACAAGCGCUCCCGCAUGAACCUGUUUGUCCUGCACCUGGCCUUCACUGACCUGGGCGUGGCACUCUUCCAGGUGCUGCCCCAGCUGCUAUGGGACAUCACCUACCGCUUCCAGGGCCCGGACCUUCUGUGCCGUGCAGUCAAGUACCUGCAGGGGCUCAGCAUGUUCGCCUCCACCUACAUGCUCCUGGCCAUGACUCUGGACCGCUACCUGGCCGUCUGCCACCCACUGCACAGCCUCCAGCAGCCCAGCCAAUUCACCUACCCACUCAUCGCUGCCCCCUGGCUGCUGGCUGCCAUCCUCAGCCUCCCUCAAGUCUUCAUCUUUUCUCUGCGUGAGGUUAUCCGGGGCUCUGGGGUGCUGGACUGCUGGGCAGACUUCCGCUUCUCUUGGGGGCCGCAGGCCUACAUCACCUGGACCACCCUGGCCAUCUUCGUUCUUCCUGUGGUCAUGCUCACAGCCUGUUACAGCCUCAUCUGCCACGAGAUCUGGAAGAAUCUUAAAGUCAAGACCCAGGCCUGGAGGGCAGAAGGAGGGGGCUGGAGGACAUGGGACAGGCCUCCCCACUCUGCCCCAGACACACGAGGACUGCCCUCCAGGGUCAGCAGCAUCAGCACCAUUUCCCGGGCCAAGAUCCGAACUGUGAAGAUGACCUUUGUCAUUGUGCUGGCCUACAUCGCCUGCUGGGCACCCUUCUUCAGUGUCCAGAUGUGGUCUGUGUGGGAUGAGAAUGCCCCUGACGAAGAUUCAACCAAUCAAGCCUUCACCAUCUCCAUGCUUCUGGGGAACCUCAGCAGCUGCUGCAACCCUUGGAUCUACAUGGGCUUCAACAGACACCUGUGGCCGCGCCCCCUCCGCCAUCUCGCCUGCUGCGGGGGUCCCUCGCCCCAGAUGCGCAGGCAGAUCUCCAAUGGGAGCCUUUCCACCCGGGGCACCACGCUGCUGCUGCGCUCCAGCUGCCCACCCGCCCUCCAUCUGAGCCCCAGCUUCAGCGGGAGGUCUGAGACCAUGGAGCCCCUCAAAGUCCCAGAGCAAGCGGGCGAAGCCUCCACGGAGACCAGCGCCUUUUAG